AUCCGAAGAUGAUGGGCGUGAGAUGUCGUUAUUGGCGCUUUGGUCCCGGGACACGCGAGCUUCAUUAGCAUAACUCGACGAGACGCGACAACGGGUCUUGUGUGCCCGGCCGAAAACAAAGUCUUCUGGGGUUUUUUGCAGUCGGAGCACACGUGCCUCGCCGUGUAAUUUAUUGAAUUCGACGCGCAGUUUUGGUAUGUACGUUAAUUGGCGGGUUAUAGUGACCUGCAGAUUAGAAGACGGAUUUGGCGGUAUAAUGGAUGCGUUGCGGGUUUCACUGAUUCGACCAUAAUAGUAAAAUUCAUUCAAUCGUACGAUGCUUUUAUGUGUUAAUUAUGAUAAUUUUGUCGAGGAAAUUUUCGGAAUGUGAGACGCUCUAGCUUCCUCUAGAAAUACCAGAGACACGUUUUUGUUACGUUAUCGAGUUACGAUAUCGAUCCAUAACGACGAACUGUCACAUCGUUGUUUUCGCGAUGGAUAACCUAUUUUGUUAGUCGCUCGACGUUACUCCAAAACAAGCGUUAAAUCUUCGAAGAGUCGACGCACAAUUUACCGUACAGAAAGCAGCCAUCCUCGAGAAUGAAGAAACGCAAAGGCCGUCGUCGCAAGCGCGGUGUCGUCGAUGUGGAGGAGCGUCAGCGAGAAGCUAAGCGUCAGGAGCUCCGCCGAGAGCUCGAGAUGGGAGACACGAACGCGAGACGGCUGCGCAAGACAUGGCGCGAGAAAAUGAUGAGUCUCAACCUACCCGUCAUCAAAGAAGACCUCCAAGUCGCCUGGCGCACCUUCGACCGAGCCCUUGACAAUAAAAAUUACAGUAUCAGUAUACUUUUGGACGCACUGGACGACGCCGAGGAGCAGAAAAGAAACGACAAUAAUUUGCAGAUGUACCAGAUCGACGGCUUGAUCAAAGUAUACGAAAAACACUUGAACGAAAGCAACGAUCACUACCGAUGCAGCAUUGAGAAGACGUUAGAUUCCGAACGUGAAUUGAUUGAUGAGACUAGUCGCGAGCAAGAGGAAAAAGAAGCUUUUCUUCGAACCGUAAUUUUCAGCACGAAACAAGGGAUCGAAGAAUCCAUUGAAGUUAUACAAACUAAAAAUUUAUCAAAACUGGACACUCGCAAAGAAGAGAACGAUAACAUCCGAAGAAUGUCCGAAUCGCUUUUGAAACGUCGCUUGCACAACUUCUCGGGGCAACUCGCAGGCGUUUUAAGCGACUACGAUGAAAGUACAAAAGAUCGGCGCAAGGACUUCGAGGCAGUUAGAGAGAAAGACGAGGCUGAUCAAAGAGUCAUUGCUCGGCAGUCGAUGCGCAUAGAGAAACUUUAUAAUGGAACCGUAGAAUUAAGGAACCAAAUUGCCAACUUCAAAGUAAACGCCGGACGAGAAGUUGCGGAUUACACGUUCGAGCGCGAUUACUUUUAUGAAAUUUAUAUGGCGAUGCAGAAACGACUUCGAACGGAACAAACUCUGGAUAGAGAACAGUUGCGUAUUUUGACCGUUGAAUACAAUAUUACUUUAGAAUUUUUGAGAAGUAACUUGACGAAAGUUGAAAAAAUUUUGAUCAUGGCAGACCUGUGUCAGAAGUACGAAACUUACAAGGAUAAAGUUCUUCUGUAUCCACUUUCUACGGUGAUUGAAAAUAAUGAAACAGAAGACUUGAAUGUGUCAACAUUGAAGCCAAUGCAAAAAUUAAUUAAACUUGUGCUAUUAGUACAGAAGAAUAUCAAGGAGUUAAAAGCGCAACUGGAAUAUCAUAAGGUGCGAUUCGAUUAUUUGAAACAUAGUUUAAAAAUGUACAUGGAACUUGCAAAUCCAAUACACGUGUGCAAAAAAGAAAAUUCAAAAGCGACGCCAGUAUUAAUUAAUCCAAAAGAUGUUAUUAAAAAAUGUGAUCUCAAAGUAAUCGAUGCCAAUGAUUCGGAUAGUAAUAUUAAUUUAUUAUUAAAUAAAACUUUUUAAAGUGUAUAUAGAUUCAAAUUUACAUAAAUAGACAAAUGUUGUAAUUUUUUUUCUACACUUUUAUUACGGAUUUUGUCUGUACAAGGUAGAAAACCAUAACGCUACUCGUCACGUUUGUCUCCUCUACAUUUCUUCAGCGAUUCAAGAAAAAGUUUUCUCAACGCAGGAAUGUCUGUUCGACGUGACGCUUUAGCAUCAGUUGAUUUACGAAAAAUCACGCAGUUAAUAAAACGUUUAUAAAACGUAUUACUCUCAUUGCAGCUUAUCAUCUAACCUUAUAGAAAAUUAGGCAUUGAAAUGGACGUUGUUGUGCAAAGUGAAAAUAAUGCGCUUAUGUUUACAACACCGCAAUUUAAGUGGAACAUCAGUCCUUUGCCAACGCUAUCCUAUUACACUUAAAAACAAGUGAAUUGCUUCAUUUAAAUUAAACAUCAAAAUUUUGUAAAAUUUGUGUAACUUUUCAUGAGAUAGUGUCUUUAAGAAUGAUUUAAUGCUUCAUAUCACACUGUUCUUAGUAUUACAAAGGACAAAGUAAAUCCGUCCUCAAAUUGAAACUCAGUCGACUCGCAAGUCCAUUAGACAAACUAACGAGAUGCUUUUCGGUUGCGUGCAAUUUGUGACAAUAACUUGUUUCCAGACAGGAAUGUGACUAGUCCAAGUAAAAGAAGAUAUCGGAGUGUAGUAAACAUAUUCAGCUUCAGCCAGAAUAUUCCAAAUAGUACGAAUAUGCCUAAAAAAAGAAGAAAUUAUUAAAUUGUAUCCAAGAGUUUCAAAUAUUACGAAAAAACUUUUUAUUUUGUUUAAUUGUAGAGAAUAUCGGGCUGCAAAUACAACAAGUAAAGAAAGUU